AUGAAGUUCCUCGGGAAGCCCAGGAGCCAGACAGCUGUUUCUCUGCCUAUUUGCUUGCUCAUUUGGAACAUUCUGCAACCAGGGCACAGCCACCUUUACAGCAACCGCUACGCUGGUGAUAAGGUAAUAAGAGUUACCCCCAGUACAAAAGAGGAAGUAUAUGUACUGAAGAAAAUAUCCCACCAGCUUAAGGUGGACCUGUGGCAGCCCAGCAGUAUCUCCUAUGUCUCAAAGGGGACAGUUACUGAUGUCCAUAUUCCCCAAAAUGGUUCCCGAGCUCUGUUAGACUUCUUACAGGAAGCCAACAUCCCAUACAAGAUCCUCAUAGAAGAUCUUCAGAAAGCACUGGAAAAGGGAAGCAGUUUGCAAGCCCAGAGAAAUCGAAGAUCCCUCUCUGAAUAUAAUUAUGAAGUUUAUCAUUCCUUAGAAGAAAUUCAAAAUUGGAUGCAUAAUCUGAAUAAUACUCAUUCAGGCCUCAUUCACAUGUUCCCUAUUGGAAAAUCAUAUGAGGGAAGAUCUCUUUUCAUUUUAAAGCUGGGCAGGAGAUCACGAGCUUACAAAAGAGCUGUCUGGAUGGACUGUGGUAUUCAUGCAAGAGAAUGGAUUGGUCCUGCCUUUUGUCAGUGGUUUGUAAAAGAAGCUCUUCUAACCUACAGGAGUGAUCCAAUCAUGAGAAAAAUGAUGAAUCAUCUGUAUUUCUAUAUCAUGCCUGUGUUUAAUGUUGAUGGAUACCAUUUCAGCUGGACCAGUGAUCGAUUUUGGAGAAAAACAAGGUCAAGGAACUCAAGGUUUCGGUGCCGCGGAGUGGAUGCCAACCGGAACUGGAGAGUGAAGUGGUGCGCUGAAGGAGCUUCUAUGCACCCUUGUGAUGAUACAUACUGUGGACCUUUCCCAGAAUCUGAACCAGAAGUAAAAGCUGUAGCUAACUUCCUUCGAAAACACAAGAAGCACAUUAGAGCUUACCUCUCCUUUCAUGCAUAUGCUCAGAUGUUGCUGUAUCCCUAUUCUUACAAAUAUGCAACAAUCCCCAAUUUUAGCUGUGUGGAAUCUGCAGCUUAUAAAGCUGUGAAUGCACUUCGAUCAGUAUAUGGGGUACGGUACAGAUAUGGACCCGCCUCCAGCACAUUGUAUGUGAGUUCUGGUAGCUCAAUGGAUUGGGCCUACAAAAAUGGAAUACCCUACACAUUUGCUUUUGAACUACGUGACACUGGGCAUUUUGGAUUUUUACUCCCAGAGGCUCUCAUCAAACCCACCUGUACGGAGACCAUGCUCGCUGUGAAGAAUAUCACAGUGCACCUACUCAAGAAGUGUCCCUGA